GCAGCAGCUCGAAUGGUGAGAAGAUUAGACCAUCAAUUGCAGUCUCCCCCCAUGCUAAUUUCCCUGACAAAUGGACCAACCAGCAAGCAAACCAUGCAAGAGAAGAUGGGUCGUUGAUGGGGGGGUUUCACUGUCACACCCAAAGCUGCUCCAGCUGUACCCUACUUGUCUGGUCCCCUCCAAUCUGAUUCACCAUAUGGGCAAUGGGCCAGUUUUUCAAUCUCGAUCCUUAACGCAUGCAGAACUAAUGAGAUGAGAAGGUGGAUGUAACCCGGAGGCUUAUUAUUCAACCAAACAGACAUUUGAGUAAGUUUCGGAUUUUUCAAAUCCUAGAGACUAGUAGAGACACAGCAAUAAAUCCGGCCUUGCUUCCUCCCUGGCAUCAGUAUAUAUAUUUACUUGGUUCUCUCCUUGCAAAUGGCCUAUCUAAACAGGAAGCUAUAAUACAAAGGAAAAGAAUGUAGCUUUCAGGUGCAUGCUGGCUGCUCAGAAUAAAAUGAAAAAGAUGCAUGUAGGCUGGCUGGCUUAGCUGGGACGAUGUCCACUCCCUUGAUCCCGAAAGCUGAAAUGACAUUGGUCACUCGCAUAUCGUUGAGGAGAUAGUUGCGUGUUCCCUAAAGCAUUCAAGAACUACCUUAGAUAUAUCUCAGCUAAAGAGAAAGAAGAAGAUAAUAUGAAAAUAAAAUGCGACGUAUGCGAGAAAUUGGAGGCAGAGGUGCUAUGUUGUGCGGAUGAAGCGGUACUAUGCAGGGGAUGCGACGAGAAGGUGCAUGCAGCUAACAAGCUGUCCCAAAAGCAUGAGCGUGUCCGUCUCCUCAAACACCCAUUGUCGUCUUCGUCAUCCUCCUCUUCGCAUCCCCAUCUCCCUCCAUGCGAUGUCUGCCAGGAAAGAAAUGGGCAUUUCUUCUGCUUAGAGGAUAGAGUACUACUCUGCAGGCACUGCGACGUCACAACCCAUACGGGGACUCCCUACGCAUCACCCCACAAAAGAUUUCUUAUUGCAGGCCUUAAAGUCGCCCUUGAACCUUCAAUCAACCACCACGACAUUGGCUUCAACAGUGGAAAUUCAAGCUCGCCAAUGUCGAAUAGUUCUUUCAGUUUCCCUGCUGACAACGAGAGCAGGAAAGCAAUGACAAUGGAAGUUGAGGCUGCGUCCUCAGAAACUAGAACCUUCUCAGAUGAACCUCACUUCGCAACCGAGCUUCUUUGGUCACUGGAUGAGAUAUUUGACUUGAAGGAUUUUAACUGCUAUAAGUUUUCCGAAGUUGGGUCAUCUAGUACGCCAAAUUGUACUAAAGACUAAAAUGGUUCAAAAUGUCUCCGAAUUUCUCACUUCUUUUGCUUGUAUGAUUGUGCACAAUCAUUUUGAGUAAUGAAGAUUCGUUUAAGUUGUAUAACA